AUGCGUUUAUCCUUUGCAGUACUGACAGCUGCCCUUCAGGCGGUAGUCAGUACGGCAUCUACACUGACUCCGCCUGUCCUACCGCUGAUUGUACGAAACCCUUACCUCAGCACUUGGUUCGGUAAUGCUCGUGAGGCGCCGUGGUCAAAAUGGCCCAUGUUUUAUACUGGAGAGGAGGUUGGCCUCUCCUUGAUGGCACACGUUCCUAGUACGGGGACCGUGUAUCCGUUGUUGGGCAAGCCCCAUGAAUCCCUGGCUUCUGAUUCCAACUCACCAGAGGUAGCGUUUCCGGUUUACUUGGGAGCUAACUACGAUGCGUCUACCACUAACCUGACUUACCGCAUCGACUUGGAUACAUCGGCUUCUACUCCCCUUGAGAUCACCGUUUCUUUCCUGUCUCCCAUUACGCCUACAUCGACUCUGCGGCAGUCGAUUCCGGCUUCGUAUGUGACGAUUCACGUCCAUGGCGAUGUGGGUGUCAACGUUUAUAUGGAUGUCAAUGGCCGCUGGGUAAGCGGAGAUGCGGGUAGCAAAAUCACAUGGCAAUAUGAUGGUUUCGACACCAAAGGCAGCAAGCCUACUCUCCAGAGAUGGCGGUUUAAGAGAGAAACAGAACUGCUGCUAUCAGAGAUCCGCGACCGGGCAGAAUGGGGUACCCUCCACUUUACUGGUCCUGCUGACGCUCGGUUUCAAUCUGGAGAAGCCUUGGCUGUGCGGCGAGGAUUCGUCGCCGAGGGAGCCUUGCGCAACGAGAAUGAUGGCGCUUUCCGUGCCGUUGGUGACCGAGAACCGGUCUUUGCGUUCUCCAAGUCUUUCGUCCCCUCAAAGAAAUCAGGGCCUGCUAGCGAUAGCGUUACUUUCACCCUUGCCCUGAUCCAAGAUCCGGUCGUUCAAUAUGCCUCCUCACGCGGGCUCACCUUGAUGCGGCCUCUCUGGAGAUCUUGGUUCUCCAAUGAAGAGGCCCUGCUCAGCUUCCAUUAUCAUGAUUUGGCCAAUGCAGGCACGUUGGCCUCCGAUUACUCGGAACAACUGGCCCAGGAUGCCUAUCAGUCGGGGGCUUACGACUAUGUGGAUAUUGUAGCGCUCUCCGCCCGACAGGUCAUGGGAGCAACCACCUUUGCUGGGACACCCGAGAACCCGAUUCUGUUCCUGAAGGAGAUUUCUUCUAACGGUAAUUUCCAGACUAUCGACGUUAUUUUCCCUUCAUUCCCAUUCUUCCUUUACACGAACCCACGAUGGUUGGCCUAUCUCCUCGAGCCCCUGAUUGAACAUAUGUUGAGCGGACAAUACCCGAACAAGUAUGCUAUGCAUGACCUGGGAACACAUUUCCCCAAUGCCACCGGUCACCCAGACGGCAACGACGAGUACAUGCCUGUAGAGGAGUGUGGCAACAUUAUCAUCAUGGGUUUGGCUGUUGUGAAUUCCUUACGUUAUUCUGCGGACUCCGCGGCGGCCUCCGUUUGGUCUACUCGAGGUACAGCCCCUGAAACAUCCGACAAGAACUCAGGCUAUUUCCCUCUGGAUAACCUCCAAGCCCUGGGAGGAAUUGAUAAGCAAGACGGAAGAUGGGGCGGUGGUGCCCAAGGCGAGCACUUGGCAGAAAAAUGGGUUCAACGCAGUUACAAAAUCUGGACCCAGUGGACCAGUUACCUGGUGGAAUUCUCUCUGGAGCCUGCUAACCAACUUUCCACGGACGAUUUUGCUGGCUGGCUUGCUCUUCAGACGAACCUUGCCCUUAAGGGCAUCAUCGGUAUUAAUGCCAUGAGCAAGCUAGCUGAAGUGGCUGGACACAAGGCGAACGCAUCAUAUUAUAAGAAUAUCGCCGAUACCUACAUCGCAAAGUGGGAAGAAUUCGGCAUGUCUCGAGACGGCACGCAUGCUAAACUUGCCUAUGACUGGUAUGGAUCUUGGACUACGAUCUAUAACCUGUAUGCAGAUGCCCAGCUUUGCUUCCACCUGGAGGGCACCGAUGUUUCCCCUGCACGUGGCAGUCAAAAGUCACUCCACCCGCACUCCGGGAAGAGCGGAUUCGUUCCACAUCAUAUCUACCAGAAGCAGUCUAUAUGGUACCACUACGUAAGGCAAAACGAGGACGUACGGAGUGAGAUCCUCGAGUCCGUCGCUAGAUGGGUGAACGAAACGGUGACCGACUUGCCCUUCACCGAUCUGCAUAAUACUGAAGGCAAGGGUGAGUUCCCAGGGCCGAACUUCUUUGCUCGGCCGGUGAUCGGGGGUCAUUUCGCGUUUUUAGCUCUUCAGCGUGCCUGCGAGGGUCGGGCAAUGGAGGGCUUGGCUUUCCUUGACGGAAAGCCAGGCUUUGGAGGUGACUCGGUAGCGUCAGCUGAGACGCUCAGCCAGUGGGAGGCCAUGGCCGCUAAAGCAGCGGAGAAGUUCAAAUUUGGCGGGUAUGAAUCCGAGAGAGUAGAGCUGUAA